UCGUUACAAUGUAGCGGAUGGAGGCGUUAAUUGGCUAUUUUGAUACAUUUACCCUACGUUACAGUGAUAUCUGCUGUACUAUAUGUACAUGGAAAGGAAAAACGGGUAAUAUAGUAGGCGGGUUUAAAAGAACGAGAAAGGAAGGGUAUGGCUGCUGAGUCGGGUCCCGUUUACCAGCUGUUCGUUCAUUCCACCAAUGAGUUGGGCAGAAUUGGCUAGAUUGACAGGCACGCCUUUCCAACGUUGCGCUGCCUUUUAUGAGUGUGUAGUUUUCUUCUACUUUUUACUGCAAGCCAGAACUGGAAGUAAUAACGUCACAUAUUGUUUUUCUCUCCAGCGCAAUCACGGUGGUGUUAUUUGGUGCUUAACUGUUGCAGACAGCGGGAGGGAAUACCUGUGUCGGGUAAUGGAAUAAUUAAAGCGGAUUUACAUUAGUUUUUUCGGUGCUUUGGAAAAUAGCACAAACAACUUCUCUAAAAGUAAGUGAAGCGUGCGCAUCAGAAUGGCGAGUCCUCCAACGAGUGGAGGACAGAUGUUGUCUAAUGUGACCAAUAACAGUAAUAACAUUAAGAAAUGUGGAUAUCUAAAGAAACAGAAGCAUGGACACAGACGUUUUUUCGUGUUGAGAGAACCCAGCGAGAGCUUUCCUGCCCGGCUGGAAUACUACGAGAGCGAGAAGAAGUGGAAAAACAAGUCGGCUGCUAAAAGGGUGAUACUGCUGGACUCAUGUCUUUGCAUAAACAAGCGAGCUGACUCUAAGCACAAACACCUCAUCGCCUUUUACACCAAGGACGAAUACUUUGCAGUGGCAGCCGAAAACGAGCAGGAGCAGGAGAGCUGGUUUCGAGUGUUGUCGGAUAUGAUCGAAGAGGGGAAAGUCUAUGACAGCCCCACGUCUAAUUCCACCUCUCUUUUCUGUUUCGAGGAGGCGAAUUACGGUAUGAUCACGCCAACCACUGCCUUUCACAAGGAGGUAUGGCAAGUGAAUUUGAAGUCCAGAGGACUGGGUCAAACAAAACAUUUGAUAGGGGUGUUUAGGCUGUGUUUAUCCAGUCGGACUAUCAGCUUUGUGAAACUGAACUCGAAGGUUGCGGCUGUCAGUUUACAGCUCAUGAACAUCCGGAGAUGUGGCCACUCUGACAGCUUUUUCUUCAUCGAGGUUGGUAGGUCGGCUGUCACUGGCCCCGGUGAGCUCUGGAUGCAGGCUGACGACUCGGUGGUUGCGCAAAACAUCCACGAAACCAUCCUGGAGGCGAUGAAAGCCAUGAAAGAGCUGUCAGAAUUCAGACSUCGCAGUAAGAGUCAGUCGGCUAGAACCAACCCCAUUUCAGUGCCCACAAGACGCAACUUGAAUAAUCUUCCCCCAAGUCAGACAGGGUUGGUGAGGAGGUCGAGAACAAACMGCAUAGUGGCCACAUCCCCAAUGAGCAAGUUCACAUCUUGUCGGAUAAGAACUGCUAAUGGGGGGGAUGGCAGCAUGGUCAGGCCAGUGUCUAUGUCAAUAUCUAUGAGCGGGAGUCCCACCAGUCCCCUCUCCAACCGGAUCCCCCUAAGCCGGUCAAGUACGCUCUCCAGCGGACGCAUCUGCCGGAUACUGGAGUCCAGCCUCCAGCACAGCCGCUCCUUGCCCGUCUCCAACUCCCCCCCCUCAGUCUGCAGUUCCAUCUGCCUCUCUCCCAUGAGUGGGACCCUCCCCACCCCUGAUGCGGUCCACCGCYCCUUCAGCUGCAGCGCCUCCAUCUCAGGCUCCCUCAGUGACGCAAGCUUUAUGCUAUGCGACGAGUACAGCUCCAGCCCAGGCGACACCUCCAGGCUCCUACCCCUCACCAGGAGUGACACCCACGACUCCCUCUCCAGCACUCCCCCCUCCUGGGAGGCCAACGACCUGUGUGGCUACAUGAUUAUGGACAGGACGAAUGACCAACAGCGGGCGUGCCAGGAGGAGGACCUGACAUCGCAGAAGGCGUACAGGAAGAGGACAUACUCUCUCACCACACCACGCCAACACAGGGUGCCCGCUCAGCUGUCGUCUGCCUCGUUGGAUGAGUACACCCUAUUGUGGGCUGCCCACCACAACAACAGCGGGCACCACUCCAGAAACAGCUCCAUCUCCGCCUCCCCAAAGAGAGGCGAAUCCAACGGUAACCUAGGAGGGGACGAUGGCUAUAUGCCUAUGAUGACGGGUGUGGCAGCGCCGCCCGGGGGAAACGACAGCAAGGCAGACGCUUACAUGCCCAUGAGCCCCAUGUGUGUCUCGGCUCCCAAGCAGAUCAUCAACCCCGGGGCCCAAAUCCACCAGGACAGGGGCGGCUACCGGACCAACUCACCCAGCAGCGGAGGCUCCUUGGAGGACAGCGGCUACAUGAGGAUGUGGUGCAGCUCUAAGUCGUCCAUUGAAAGCCCUGACAGCCGCUCGACCUACAUGAACAUGUCCCCUAGCAACGCUGCUUACACCACCUCGCAGACCUCCCCGGACUACUUCCUGGAGCAGCUUCUGGGKGGUGAGCCUUCCAUCUACUCCRCAGACUCCCUGCCGCGCCCCACCAAACUCCACCAGACUUCCAAGGAGGUGGGGGACACUAAUGACCAAUACGUCCUGAUGAGCCCCCAAGGCCAUCAGUCGCUAUGUGGGGAGUCAGACGACUACUACUCAGUGAUGACCAAUGCGGCCACGCUCAACUCCUCGGUGCCCUCAGCCAUCAGACAGAGCCGGGGAACUGAGAGCCUGACGUCCCACCGGGGGAGGAUGGGGCGACCCAACCGUCUGUCUCUCGACAGCUUUAGGAUCCUGCCCAGCAUGAACGAGCACCUCUUGCCCGGGGAACCUAGGAGCCCGGGCGAGUAUAUCAACAUAGACUUCAGUGAGAGCACCAAGUACUCCUCUCUGUCAGCAUCCAAUGAGAGCCAGGAGUCGUCUCCGGGCUCCAUCGGCAGCCAGCCGAGGUCACCUCUCUCCGACUACGUGAACCUGCACCACAUCGUCUCGCACUCACCCAAGGCCAGAGACACCCCUGCCGGACGGUUGGACACGGUCCCUGAGUUAUCCCUGUGCCCUUGUCUGGAUGGGGAGGGAGUGUACCAUCUCCGAUCGAAGAGGGAUUCCAAGUGCCCCCUGAGAGGCAAGGAUGAGUACACCGAGAUGACAUUUGGACUUGGAAUGGCCAACAUGCCUCCCCAGUUUGUCCCUCAGACCUCAGCAAGCCCCAGUGCCAGAGAGAAGAGGCUAUCCCUGGGUGAGCAGAGCCUCCCGGUGGGCAUUGGGGUAUUCCUCCUUGGCGCCGUCAACCCCGUGGAUCCUGACAAGGCCGCCAAGGUGAUCCGGGCCGACCCCCAUGGGCGCAGGCGGCACAGCUCCGAAACCUUCUCCUCUACGGCUACCGUCACCCCUGUGUUCCCCUCGUUCGCCCAUGGGAAUGCCAAACGCCACAGCUCGGUGGAGAACCUGUCGGUGCGGAGCAGCGAGGGCUCAGACGAGGAGAGUGACAGCCCCAUGAUUAGAGAGAACUCUGCGGGCUUCCAGAAUGGACUGAACUAUAUUGCCCUGAACCUAAUGGAGAACCGGGACAGGGACAUGGAGGGACCUUGUUGUGAAGACCUGCCCAUGGUCAGCUUUAAGCCGGCCACCAGCUGCAAGGGAGCCCUCCAUGGAUUACACGUCGCGCCGUAUGUCUGUUUGGGGUUCAAGAGGCGCAACCACUGUCAAAGACUGAACAGGACAGUGGAUGAUCCAAGCCCUCAUCAUCCAUGCUCUGAGAUGGACAGUCAUACAUUGGGGGUGGCCGAGACAACCUGCUGCUGUAAAUUAACUCGAGAAGUAAGGCUGUGCCUCAUGUGACCCAACAAACACCCCCACCAUGGCUAACUCCCUUGCCCAUAGACGGGAAUCCUAACACUGGUGCUGUCCCAGAGACUCUGUACUAAAAAGGAGAUGAGGCCAGAGGCUCCUGUAUAUGGGGGACCUCUGUAUGUGUCUAGAGGCUAUAUUUCUGGCUCUAUUUAUCUGUUUUGAAUUUUCCCUCUGGUUUUUGGUUUUGUCUCAUGGACUGUGAGUAGCCUGUCUGUUGACCCACAAGACAAGACAUGUAAGGCACAGUACAUGUACUUACACCCUCCUCAAAAUAUUAGUCAAUAMMCCCCCCAACACACACACACACACAGCACGCAUAUAUUAUUUAUUUACUUACAUGAGUAUGGAUGGGUCGAAGUGUGUGUGUGUAAAAACAGACACCAUGAUAGUUUCAGUAACACAUUCACUAGCAAACCAUUUAAAAUAAUCCAAUCCCUACCUCAGAAAGAGCAAGGCCGCAUACUGAGUAAUGUAUAGAUAUAUUUAGGUUGUAUUUAUUUUGUAAUGUUUCAUAAAGACCAACCCAAAGCCUUACUGUCUUUAAUGUGGUUGUAUUUGUAAGGCACAACAAAGACAAUCUGAUUUAUUCUUCUGAUAUUAAAGUAUUUUCUUAAUUCUAAUUUCAUGCUAUAUGAUACUAUUUAAGAGCAUUUAUUACUAGUUCCAGUUAUGAGGUGAGAAAUACAUAUUAAAGUACAUUAAUGUAGUAAGGAUGCAAAGAUGUUGGUCUGUGUACUUCCUAGUAGUAGUCAGAACUUAAACUAACCCAGGCAUUUACUGUAUUUGCAAUGCAUUACCCAUAAUCCCUAGCUGUAACCUGAUUACAUGAUAGAACAUCUCAAUGAUUUAGUUUUGGGGGUAGAACCACACGAUUUGGAGUCAUGGGGAUUGCCACAGUCACUGCUGGUGUAAGCACGAGGAGUACAUAGUGCCAGGGUCCUGUUCAUUAGGCACCAAACGGAUGAAAAUGAACUGAAACAAGGGAAGACUACUUGGACUACUUGGACUUAUAAAUGUUUGGUGCCCUAAUGAAUACUACCCAGUUUUCUCACACAUUUCUCACAACUCAUUAGAUUGUAACACACUAGCGACACAUCUGAAUGUAGUAGAGCACUUGAUGUAGUAGAAACGACAAUUGAAAAUUAAGUGGGAGGGGGAGACAUUUAUCAAACUGUAUUAUUUAAUAUGUACUACACUUAUGAAGUAUUUUCUCUGCAAAGGCUUUUUUGUGUAGAUUAUGUACAUAAGAGUUUAUCUGAAAUAGGAUGUGGAUAGUGAAGAUAAAUUUAGUCAUGUUGCAAUGAAAUUACUAAACAAUGUAAAGAAAAUAUUUUUGAAAAUGAUAUGUUUUUGGAUUGCAAUGUAUGCCUUUACCCCCUCACAUUUACUUGUGAAUAAGUCUAUAAUAUUUAAAAAGAGAAUUACCUUCGGUAUAUUAAUUAUCUUUGCCUUGUUGACAACACUUUACCCAUAUGGCAUAUUCAAUAGUGAAACACAUUAACUUAGUUUGUAACCAAAUGUACACAUUGUGUUGAUAUAUAUUUUAAGUUUUUGAAGAAAGGAAACUAUUUUGCUCUUUGUAUAUCUCUUUACCUACUUUUGAUGCUUUUUUUGUCACUGGAAACAUAUAGUGUAUAUAUAUUCAACAGUGCGCUCACUUUUAGUGUAUAUCUACUGUUUCUUACUCGAAGAUUGAAGUGUGAACUAUAUUGAGAUAGCACAGAUUGAACAUGUCUUCCAUUGUACAUACUUCAUAAAAACUGAUUGUGAUGCUCUAAA